CAGAAACUAAUAUAUAACAUUAUUAUAAGAAUAUUUAAAAUUUAAAUUUUUUAAUUAAUUUAUUUAUUUAGCUAUUAAUUAACAAUCUUCUCUCUCUAGCGUUAGUUAAUAGAAGAUAUGUCAUCGACUCACAGCGGUUUAAUUAGAGUUGUAAAAUGCCCAGGCGAUUAUAUGUCCUACGCUCUAGCAGACAAGGACUUCAAGAAGGAUGAGAUAAUAAGCUACCUCGACAGCGCUAGCUAUUCAGAGCGCGCCUACACAAGCGUACAAGUCGACAGCGAUAAGCACAUCGAGCUCAACUGCGAUCUCGUCUACAUCAACCACUCCUGCGAGCCUAACGUUGCAUUCGUUAUCAACGGACAAGACAAAAAGAACUGGUUUUUAAAAGCCUUAGUCGAUAUCAAGAAGGAUACCCCGCUAGAAUUCUUUUACCCUUCCACAGAAUGGUCGAUGGACCAGGCAUUUGACUGUCACUGCAAGAAAGACAACUGUCUGGGAUUUAUUAAAGGCGCUGCAUUCAUUAACAAGGAAAAUUUAAAAAAUUAUUUUGUUAACCAACACAUCCUCUCUUUGAUAAAUUAACACGCCUUUCUUACUC